AUGACAUUUCAGUACGACAAACUGCCGAACAACAAUUUCUUCCGCGUCUUUGAGCUCGGGCCCGGAAAGAAUAGCGACCCCCUUCAAGGCAAUCUUCGAACAUAUUUAAGACAGCGAGCUCCCAAGUACGAGGCGCUAAGCUAUGUGUGGGGUUCCCCAGUGCAAAAUCGGCAUAUGAUAUGCAAUGGUCAGAUAUUUAUGAUAACUAGUAGCCUCGACACAGCCUUAAGGCGCCUUAGGCUUGUUGGUGAUUCACGAUGUCUGUGGGUCGACCAGAUUUGCAUUGACCAAACUUCUCUCGAGGAGCGUUCUGAACAAGUUUCUAUUAUGAGGCAUAUUUACUCUGGAGCCACGCUUGUUAAUGCUUGGCUUGGCCCAGCAGACCCAGAAGAGGCGACCGCAGCUGGAAUGAUAAUCUCAACUCUUGCCAAAAGGAGGCCAAACGAAUUCCGAGAACAGGAGUAUUUUCCUCAAAACGACUAUCUACUGGAACUUGGGCUUCCUGCUAGAAAUUCGCCCGCUUGGGAGGCUCUUAACUCUAUGCUAAACGCUCCGUAUUUCUCUAGGAUUUGGAUCCUGCAAGAACUUGCUCUUGCAACUACGUAUACCAUAUUAUGGGGUGAUCUCGUUAUCCCUAAAGCUGAAUUCAUGGCAUUCAAAAUGGCAACGUUGCUUCUUGGGAUGCGUCAUCGAGACCCGAAGACCCAGGUUUUGACUUUGAUGAAGGAGGAUCCGUAUAGUUCUUGUCCAGCGGUCGAGUGGAAUAUUGUUACCAUGGUCUUCGCCGAUGACUACAGAGGAAGAAUACGAGGUCUAUAUGAGCUUGUUUCUUGGGCACAAGGCUGUCAAGCGACUGACCCCCGCGAUAAGAUCUUCGCAUUGCUAGGCCUCGCCGGCGUCCGGACAUAUAGCAUUAUACCAGACUAUCGCAAGACGGAGUCGACAGUCUUUGCAGAGUUUGCUUUCAAGGUUAUAUCAAAAGAUAGGAACCUUGAACUCCUCAAUCACACAGACAUAGAAGACCCUAGUGACAAAGAACGACGGCCCCUUUGGGCACCGAGGUGGCAUCACAAGGGCGCGGCUAAAGGUUUGGAUCUGAGUUUCCGCUGCUUCAAAUCUUCAACUGCAACGGAGAUUAUGAUGAGAUCAUCGAACGACGACCAAGCAUUGGAGUUAAGGGGUCUGCAUAUCGACAAGGUGAAAGAUACUAGCAAUCCGUGUAAGGGGCGAAUGGAAAAUAUCAUGGCUAUGGGUAGCAAGGCCAUCGAUCACGCAAGCCUCCUGAAAGACCAGUACGGUUCAGACAUAAUUACACCAAUUGUUUUGACGAUGAUGAUCGGCCGAGUACGGUCUCUUGACGGUGGGCUGAGCCGUCCGACGAAUAACUCGUACCUCAACGCCUUCACAGGGUUUGCUUUCCAAUUACUUCUGGUGGCUUUCUCCGGCAUAAAUGACAAUGAAAGUUAUCGGGGAGCGAUGAUUCAACUUAUCAGAAUGGCAGUCCAAAUUAGUCUUUCUGUGCCACAAAACGAGUCCAUCUUGAGAGAAUCUGAGGUAUGGGAUUUCAUAAAUGAUACAAUGGCCCAGCUCUCUCUAGGCGAUUUGGAAACUUUAUCCUCCUAUGCGGAUAUCAUUGAGAGAAUCUUAGGUGAAAUUGGGGAGGACGCUUUGGCCUUUGAGCGGAAUGUGGCAUGCUGUGAUGGUAGAAAGUUCUUUCUUACGGAAAAGGGCUAUAUUGGCAUAGGCCCUCGUUGUUUAGAGCCCGGAGACUCUGUCUGCAUUCUUUUUGGAGCAGAAAUGCCGAGUAUCGUUCGCCCAGUUGCACCCUCCAGCGAUGAGUAUCUAUUUCUUGGAAACGUAUAUGUACAUGGGAUUAUGGAUGGGGAGGCUAUUACUAUUUGGGAGGAACAGAAGGAUUCCCAGGAUCCUACAUUCCAGGAACAGUUUUUUAAAUUAUUAUAA